CUCUUCGGAUCCCCGGCGCGCCUGCCGACCCGGGGGCCAGCACUUCGCUCCCCUCCUCCUCCUCGUCAUCCGUCCAUUUAACCUGCGCGACAACAUGGCGGCCACUCUGCUCAAACGCGCAACAUGGAUCCGACUCCAAAUCUCCCAGCAUCAGCACUCUUUUCGCUCGCCGGUCAGAACGUGCUCAUCACAGGCGCUAGUCGCGGUACGUGCGCCUCCAUUCCACUCCUCCAUUCCACUAGCCAAUACCCUUCCGCGCAACCCCUUACCGAUAACACGUCUGUCUUGUCCUCGCCAACUUACGUCUUAUCUCCCCUAGGCAUCGGUGCUGCCUGCGCCAUCGCCCUCGCCGAGGCGGGCGCCGAUCUGUGCCUCGUCGAGCGCCCCUCCACUGCCGCGAAGAAUACUGCGACGCGCGAUGCGAUCGCUGUGCUCGGGCGCACCGUCCGCGUCGUAGAGUGCGACCUCGCCGACCUCGAGGACGUCAAGACCGUCUUCGCGCGCGCACUCGACGCUAUGGGUGGUGAGAUCCACGUCCUCGUCAACUGCGCGGGCAUCCAGCGGAGAUCCCCGGCCGUCCAGUUCCCCGAGGCUGAUUGGGACGAUGUUAUCAAUGUGAAUUUGAAGUCGGUCUGGCUGCUCUCCCAGGCCGCUGGCCAGCACAUGGUUCCCCGCCGACGAGGGAAGAUCAUCAACUUCUGCUCGCUGCUCACGUUCCAGGGCGGCCUCACGGUCCCGGCGUAUGCGGCAGCGAAAGGCGCGCUGGGGCAGCUCACGAAGGCGCUCAGCAACGAAUGGAGCAAGGACAAUGUGCAGGUGAACGGCAUUUGCCCGGGCUAUAUCGCGACGGACAUGAAUGAGAGGUUGCUGCAAGACCCCACGCGCCUGCGCCAGAUCACGGAGCGUAUACCUGCGGGGCGGUGGGGCGAGCCCAAGGACUUUGCGGGGCCCGUCGUCUUCCUCGCGAGCAAGGCGAGCCAGUACGUGUGUGGAGAGCUGCUGGUCGUCGACGGAGGCUGGAUGGGACGGUAGACCUUCCUGCUUGGUCGGACGGAAGAAGAAGCGUGGUGGAGACGAAUUCGCCGACGAAGCAAGUGACUUUAGCUGUAUCGCUCCAAUCAUGUACAUCAGCACCAAUUGCGCGCUAAGCAUUGAAUUGUAUCUCGUUCGCAUCCCAAUCUUGCGCGAUCCUCCGCGC